UAUAGAAGACUAUAGUCAUGAUAUUUAGAUCGAAAGUUUUAAAGUCUGGUCCCCCGAGUUGACGCGUUACGCGUUUUAGCCGAUAUAUAUUAAUUAGACUAAAUUUUUAUUGUAGACAUCACCUAAAGAUACUGAUUUAAAUACAAAUCAACAUCAAUUAUCAUCAAGUCGACCUAGUUCAGCAAGUAAAAAAGAAGUUGAACCAAUUCGUCGUUCAUCAUAUUGUGAAGAACAAGAUGUUGUUAUUCCUCCAGUAACACAUCAACAAUCGCAAUCACGACCAUCAUCAGCUAAAUCAAAUACAUCACGUCAUCAAACUCAAUCAGCUAUUGAUAAUAUUGCUUCAGCUAAUAUUCCACCUACACUUGAUCCUUUAACAUCAAAUAAUGAAGCACUUGCUGCUACACUUCAACCACCUCUACCACCUCCUCGUCCUUCUGCACAAUUACCACCUCGACCUAAACCAAAUUUAAAUUCAACAACAAGUGGUGGUAUUAAUAAAAAACAACAAUUCAAAGUUCCUAAUCGUUAUAAAGAAAUUACUUCACGUGUAGAUAAUGGUCGUAAUCCAAAUUCUUCAAUUGAUUUAACAGCAUCGACUCAACGUGCUCUUGAAAGAGAACUUAAAUCACAAACAUUACAAAGACCACAAACUGCUCGUGUACGAACAUCAUCAGCAAAUAAUGACAAUAGUAAGAAUAGUAAUGGACGUCAACGACGUCUUUCAUCAUCAGGUUAUGAACAUGUUAAACCACGUGUUAAUACAAAUCUUUCAAUAAAUUUUGAUGAAAUUAAUACAACUCAAAUGCGAGCUGAUUCCGCUCAAUCAAUAAAAGAUGGUGUUUAUCUUGAAUGGUUAAAAACUAAAGAAGAACAAAGAAAACAAGAAUUAGAAGCACAAAAACUUUGGGAAGCUGAAAAAGUUAAACAAGUUAAUAAAACUGCAAUUGAACGUCGAGUUCAACAAAAUUUACAAAAUCUUGAACGAUGGAGACAAGAGAAAGAUGAACAAAUUAAAAUGAAAAAACAAGAAGAAAUUCGAUUAAAACGUGAACAAGAAGAAAAUGCAAAACGAGAAAGAGAACAGAAAAAAAAAGAUGCUAAAGUUGGUUUUGAAGGUUGGGUAGCAGCAAAACAAGAUACAGACAAAGAAAAACUAAAUGAAAGUAUUAAUAAGAAAACUGAAAUUGAAAAACAACAAGAAGAAAAACAAAAGAAAAUUCUCGAAGCUACAAAAGCUUAUGAGGAAUGGAAUGCUAAGAAAGCUCAACAUAUUAAAAAGAAACAGGACACACAAAAACUCACUCGAGAAGAACAAUUAAAAAAACUUCGUGAAAAUGAAGAAACAAAAUUUGUUAGUGCACAAGAUGCAUAUGAAAAAUGGCUUAAAAAUAAAGAACAAUCUGAAGUUGAUGAUCAAAUGAAUACACAACGACGAAAUUCACUUUCUGUUAAACAACAACAGCAAGUACCAUUUUUACCAGGUGGUUCUCAAAAAAAUACUGGAAAAAUUCCACAUGUUGUUUGGUAA